GUUUCUUUAAAGGUCAAGUGAUGACAAACGUCAUUGUGAUCGUCCAUCACGAAAUGUUAUGACAUGAUACAACAUCGAUAUGUAAAAUAAUUCAACUAAUUCAUUGUUCAAAGUAUAUAACAACAAAAAUAUCGCUGUAUAUCGAACGAAAGUGAUUAAUUUUAUUUAUUUAAUAUUACAUUUUUAUAUCAAUUAACGUAAAAAUCGCAAUCCUAACCUAACCGUCAGUUAGUAGUUAGUAGUUUAAAAAAUAUCUUUUAAAUUUUUCAAUAUAUCUUGAGAUUAUUGAACUUUAAUAGUACGAUAAAACUUUAUUACGAAAUGAAUCUACCACGAAUAUUAAUAAUAAGCACCGAAAAAGGGAAAGCUAAUGAAAUUGCAGCGUAUAUAGGUGGAGAAAAAUUGUCUAACCAAGAUCAUUUUGAAUAUCAUUUAUGGGAUAUUCAAAACAAAUAUUACAAAACACAAGUGUUAAUAUGUGUAAUAGAAAAUCCUUCUGAAGAUAUUUCAAUUGAUAAUGUAGAAGCAUUAAUUGUAUAUCAUAAUCCACAGGCAGAAGAUGCAGAUCAGAAUUUAAAGAAAUGGUCAUCUCUAAUUGAUUCUUUGGCAGAAGCUGAGGUGCUACUGUUUUCUUGUAAUUUUAUAACAGACACCAUAAUUAGGAAUGAAGUGAUAAAAUGGUGUCUGCAAAACAGAUUUGAGCUAAUUGAAUUAAAUAGACCGGAUGUAGGUGCUUCAGAAGCUGAUUCAGAAAAUAACAAAUAUGGUAUUGAGAGGAUUAUUGAAGCUUUACAUGCUCAUAUGUGGCCAAACAUGAUACUUAAAGGAAAACCAUUGGAUGUAGGAGAACAAAAUCCUGAUAUGGAUGAAGUUGAAGAAAAGUUUGAAAACAUUGAAUUAAGUCAAGAUUCUACAGAAACAUUACCAAUAGAGAACAUGCUAGAUGGAAUUAUGGGUGAAGAGAAUGUAGAUUUUGGAGAAUUGUUUAGUCAAUUGAGAGCUAUGAAAGAACAUGCAGCCUUGCUGCCAACUGAUCAAAGACGAAUAGCCGCUGAACAAUUAGUUACUGCUUUCUGGAAAGCAAUGGGUGGUGAUCCAUCAGAAAUGGAAGAUUAAUAUAUGUAUUAAUUGUAUAAUGCACUUAAAUUCAUAUUAGGAACGCGUAUCUUUAUCUUGACAUCUUUUUGAUAUAUUAAUUUUUAAGGAGAGAACAUGACGGUCGUUACAAUAGUUAAUUGUGAAAUAUUUGAAGUCGUUUAAAUAAAAAUCAGAUGUAACGUAACAAUGUUAAAUUAUAAUAAACAUAAGUAUAAAAUCAAAAGAUUUGAUUAAAAGUAUUGUUUGUAGAAGA